AUGCGUGUCACACACCUUUUCUUUCUGGGCAUGCUGCCUCUGGCUGUUGGAGAGCGAGCCGCCAGGCAGGACGCCUUGGAGGCUGUGGAGGACGACAUCCAAAGCCGCAAGGAGGAGCACACGUCCAGAGGUGUCGACAAGUGGGGCUCGGGCGGCCCACCCAAGCCAUCCCAGUACUGCAAGGCGUACCCGAUCACAGACGCAACCAAGACGAACCUCAAUGCAGCGCUAGAAAGGCGCGCCUACGGAUCGAGUCUUCCAGCCGACGAUGAGCUCCUGGACGCUGCAGAGAAAGGUGACAUGACAAGGCUGUGUGCGCUGAUCCAUCACUGGGAUCAGCUGGCUGAUGUACCGGUAAAAGACCAUCGUCGUGACGCUGGGAAAACGUCAUUGCCAAAGAAGCCAAAUCUGGAUGCAGGUGCUGGUGCCUAUAGCGGACUUGGAAUGACACCGCUGCUGUAUGCGGUAAAGAAGAACAACAAGAACAUGCUCUAUGCACUGUUGGCCGCCGGCGCAACCGUGGACAGAGCAAACUCCGAAGGCGAAACACCGCUGAUUUACGCAGCCAUUCUCCGUAACACGGGGCUGUUUGAGCCCUUGCUCGCAUACAAAGCGAGGACGGAUGUGCAGUCCAACCCUGCCGCUGGAGGCAAAACGAUCAUGCACUACUGCAGUGACUACGAGUACAGCAAGUACUAUGAGGUGUGGAGGAAGUUCAAAAAGACUUCUGCCAAGGAUCUGAGGGACAGCAGAGGCAGGACCGCGCUUCAAGAGGCCGAGCUAUUGGAAGGUGGCGAGAUCUCGAUGCCCAGAUGUGCGAAGAUGAUGGGCUCGACCAAGGUAUAG